CGGACGCCCGCGUGUCGGCCGGGCAGUGCCCAACUUCGCGCGCACCUCCGCUCGCCCGCCCCCAGCUCCUGACGCGGUGCGGACGCUCGUGAACCCCCGCACUGGGAGGAGGGGCUCGGCCCCGCCGCGAGGGCCGGUCGAGAGAGGAAGGUGGAGAGAGAGAGAGAAAAACAUCGAUGAGAGAAACAGUGAUCCCAAAUGGGCCCCAACCGGGGAUUGAACCGUGACCUAGACAGAAGGAUGCCACGGAGAAAGAAAAAAGUUAAAGAAGCGUCUGAAGCUCAGAACUUGGAGAAGAAAGAUGCAGAAACUUCCAGUCCUGUCAAUGUGAGGAGGAAGCGUAAACUGGAGGAUGCGUUCAUUGUGAUAUCUGAUAGUGAUGGAGAGGAACCACAGGAGGAAAAUGGAUUAGAGAAGAUGAAGACAAAACAGUUGAAUAGAGCAAAGUGUUUGGCUAAAAGAAAAAUUGCACAAAUGACAGAAGAAGAACAGUUUGCUCUAGCUCUCAAAAUGAGUGAGCAGGAAGCUAGAGAAGUGAACAGCCAGGAGGAGGAAGAAGAGGAGCUCUUGAGGAAAGCCAUUGCAGAAAGCCUAAAUAGUUGCCGGCCUUCUGAUGCUUCUGCUACCAGAUCUCGAGCUCUGGCCAUUGGACCAUCUUCACAGUCCCACCAAGAGAAAACCACAGACUCUGGGACCACUGAAGGCAUAUGGCAGCUGGUACCUCCAUCACUGUUUAAAGGCUCACAUAUCAGUCAGGGAAACGAGGCUGAGAAAAGAGAGGAGCCUUGGGACCACACUGAAAACACUGAAGAGGAGCCGGUCUCUGGCAGCUCAGGAAGCUGGGACCAGUCAAGCCAGCCAGUGGUUGAGAAUGAGAACGUUAAAUGUUUUGACAGAUGCACUGGCCACUUGGCUGAGCACACACAGUGUGGGAAGCCACAGGAAAGUACUGGGAGAGGAUGUGAUUUUCACGAAGCUGCCCAGGGUAGGGGGGACACAUCUAGGCACUUUCUUCCUGCCUCAGCAGAUGCCAAAGGUAUCCAGAACAGUGGGGGCACUGUGCACUACUUCUGGGGUAUUCCAUUUUGCCCAGCUGGAAUAGACCCUAACCAGUAUACCAAGGUCAUUCUCUGCCAGUUGGAGGUUUAUCAAAAGAGCCUGAAAAUGGCUCAGAGGCAGCUCUUUAAAAAAAAAGGAUUUGGGGAACCAGUGUUACCUAGACCUCCUUCUCUGAUCCAGAAUGAAUGUGGCCAAGGAAAUCAGGCUAGUGAAAAAAAUGAAGGCAUCUCAGAAGAUACGGCAGAUGAAGACAAAGAGGAGGAGAGGCAAGAGUCUAGGGCAUCUGUCUGGCACUCAGAAACCAAGGAUUUCCAAGAAAGUCCAAUUAAAAGCUUGAAAGAGAAACUUUUGUUGAAGGAAGAACCAGCAAUCAGUCAUGGUCAGUCUUCCCAAGGUCUAUUUGCUGAGGAAACUUCUGAAGAAGGAAACUCUGAACCUGCGUCACAAAGCAUUGCUGCUUUGACCAGUAAGAGAAGCUUAGUCCUUAUGCCAGAGAGUUCUGCAGAGGAAAUUACUGUGUGUCCUGAGACACAGCUAAGUUCCCCAGAAACUUUUGAUGUUGAAAGAGAAGUCUCUCCAGGUAGCAGAGAGACCCGGGAUGAAGUAACAAUAAUGGCAGAUAAGGAGGUCGACACGCAACCAUAUCAGUCGGGCAGUUUAUUUCUUGAAGUGAAGUUUCUUUUGAGGCUAAAAGGUUUUUCCAGUAGGCUGGAAGCAACAAGGAGGAGGAAGAGGAUAUCUACCCCAACUCCAGUGUUGACUUGCAGACAAAUAGAGGCCCAGAGCAAGAGGGACUGUGGGAUAGUGGCCCAGACUUCCCUGGACAUUGAGAAGCAUGAGAAGUGUUAUCUGUGUAAAUCCUUGGUCCCAUUUAAAGAGUACCAAAGUCAUGUAGAGUCCUGUCUCCAGCUUGCAAGGGAUGACCAAGGAGAUGGGCCUGCAGAAAGUGUGAAAGUAUACUCAGCUGAGGAGGGGAAGCAGUGGCAGUGGCUGAGGAACCCAAAGGAAAAAGGCCGGAGUGAAGGCCGACUCCUCAGUCUCUUGGAGCAGUCUGAGCACAAGACUGCAGAUGCAGAGAUAAAGCCCAAGUCUUCAGAAAUAGUGGCCUUCAGGGUACCCUCACCAGGGAUGGAAGAGGCAGGCUGCAGCAGAGAGAUGCAGAGUUCCCUUGCACAUCUUGACUUAAAUGAGUCUCCCAUCAAGUCUUUUGUUUCCAUUUCAGAAGCCACAGAUUGCUUAGUGGACUUUAAAAAGCAGUUUACUGUCCGGCCAGGUAGCCGGACACGGUCCAAAGCAGGCAGAGGAAGGAGGAGAAAAUCCUGAAUUUCUAGGGUCCGAAGGUUGACAAAACCAUUAGCAAUAAGGAUGGACCAUGGUCAUUAAGCUUUAAUGGCUCCCAGUUCAUUGUUGAGCAAGUUUUGAUGGGCAUUUUCCACCACGAGCACCCACUCAGCAUUCUGGUUUUUGUGUUUUCUGUGAUCUAUACAGACAAUUGUACAUAGUGUUCGGUUUUAUAACAGCCUGUUUGAAUUCACUUAUAGUUAAAAGAAAAUUUAAAUAUAUUUAUAUAUG